UCUGGUUUGAAUCUUGUUGCGGGGUGAGCUGCGCAGGGCUCGGGGAAGGCGGAUUAAACAGUUCCGGGACGUGUUAUGGUGACCUACGGGGGACCGAGGAGAAUCUAACCGUGUGGCGGAUCGCUUGACAAUGACUACCAGCGACACGGAUGUGUGUAGCCACGUAAAGGUGGUGGUUCGAGUGCGCCCUGAAAACGAAAAGGAAAAACAAGGGAAUUUCAGCAAAGUGGUUCAAGUGGUGGAUAAUCACAUCCUAGUAUUUGAUCCAAAGGUAGAAGAGGUCAGCUUUAUUCAUGGCCGACGCGUCGCUAAUCGUGAUAGCAACAGAAGGAAAAAUAAAGACAUAAAAUUUGUUUUCGACCGUGUCUUUCACGAGCGAUCCCACCAAGCUGAAGUUUUUGAACAUACCACGAAGGUUGUCCUUGACGGUGUGCUCGAUGGAUAUAACUGCACAGUUCUGGCCUACGGAGCCACAGGCGCUGGGAAGACGCACACGAUGCUGGGAGCCCACGGUCAGCCGGGUGUGAUGUAUCUCACCAUGAUGGAUCUGUACGAUCGGAUUGAUAGCUUGAAGGAAGAGAAGCUUUGCGAUGUAGCAGUUUCCUAUCUAGAGGUGUACAACGAACAAAUCCGUGACCUUCUCGCAAACUCCGGCCCGUUGGCUGUACGGGAAGAUGCUCAGAAAGGCGUUGUCGUGCAAGGAUUAACUUUACAUCAGCCAAAAUCAGCAGAUGAAAUCCUUCAGUUGCUUGAUUAUGGGAACAAGAAUAGAACGCAACACCCUACUGAUGUAAACGCAUCCUCUUCACGAUCACAUGCGGUUUUGCAGAUAUAUCUAAGGCAGCAGGAGAAAACUGCAAGUAUCAAUCAGAAUUUUAAAAUUGCCAAGAUGUCUCUCAUUGACUUGGCUGGUUCAGAACGGGCCAGCGCUACGAAUGCCAAAGGCGACCGUUUGCGGGAAGGGACAAACAUCAAUCGCUCAUUGUUGGCUUUGGGAAAUGUCAUCAACGCUCUUGCAGAUCCAAAGGCAAAGAAACAGCAUAUCCCUUACCGGAACAGCAAGCUCACGCGUCUACUGAAGGAUUCGCUGGGUGGGAAUUGUCGCACCAUCAUGAUCGCAGCCGUUAGUCCGUCUUCAGCAUCAUACGAUGAUACUUACAAUACUCUCAAAUACGCCAACCGAGCAAAGGAUAUCAAAUCUUCAGUAAAGAGUAACGUGGUUAGUUUGGACAGCCACAUCAGUCAAUAUGUCAAGAUCUGUGAGCAGCAAAAGAAAGAGAUUGCCAUGUUAAAAGAAAAGCUAAAAGCUUACGAAGACACAAAGAUCUCUGCAUCUGACCAAUACAAGCAGAAUAUGUUACUUCAAUCAAGCCAGCAACAGUCUGAAAUUACAAGAUGUCGAGAGACUCUUGUGUCUCUGUUUACAAACAGAGGAGAAAUAAGAGCCGAGUACCUCAACUUGGAACUGCGUCUGAAAGAAAACGAACUUAAAACGUUUUACCAGAAGCAACACCACGAACAAAUUCAAAUGAUUAGCUCCCUGGAGAAGACGGUAAAGGCCACUGGUAAGCGAGAUCACAGGCUACAGGUUCUCAAAAAUCAAAAUGUGCUCAUUCAGAAGAGAAAGGAGGAGGAGAUGAAGCGUUUUGAAGAGAACACAAACUGGCUUAACCGCAUGGAAAACGAAAUGCGACUGUUGGGUCAGGAAAACAAGAUGCCAGAGGAGCUUGGCAGAGAACUGCAGUGUUACCACUUAAAGUUAGAAGUCAAGGAUUUGAGGGCACAGAUCGAUCACAUGACUCGACUGGUAGCGCUUCACGAGCGAGAGAAUCGCUACAAUGAAAAGUUAUUAAAUGCUCUUUUGCCGUCUUUGCGAAAACAGUAUUUAAUAUUAAAUCAGGCGGGCCUAGCAGACGCAAGCGUAGAGGCCGAGUAUCAAGAAAUCGAGCACUUGGUUCACAGAGAGAAAGCCGUGGUCUGGGCAGACCAGACAAUUCUAGAAGACCCAGGCAGACCGGAUGCUCCAGAAAUAACCACCAUUGUAUCCUUCCCCACCUUGAUGCGCAACCAAGCAACUACAUGCCGAGUGGAGGCAUCCCGGGUACUGGGAGAGAUAAAUGCACAGAGUGAAAUCACAAUGGAUGCUAAGCCCUUUGUAGCAGAUCAAACUCUUACUGUUGCCCUUUCAAAAGAAUUUAAAGAAAAUGUCCCCCAUAAUACCUCUGACAAUGUUGUUCCUCGCAAAAAGACAAGAAGGAAGUUAAUGGAGUCGCCGCUGCCUGCAGGAGGUCUUGAAGUUUCCCAAAACGCCCAACAGAACGAUUCAAUCAGUGGUGAACUUGCCCCUAUUGUGUACACCCCAGAAAGUUGUCAUAAGACCAGGGCCAUUCUAAAGCAGGUAGCAAAAAUCCCGUGUUUACAAGAAAAAAGUGUAAUCCGCACAAACUCCACCACUCAGGACCUUGAAAACCAGACAAGGAAAAUGACGAAAAUACCUAGCCUACAAGAGAAAAGUGAGAGUUCCUCCGCUUUCAUGGCUCAUGACAAAGAAAGCCAGAACAUGGGUUUUACCUUCCAUAUGACAGCUGGAUUGGAACAGAGCGACAUGAACUCCACUGUCAUCCUUUCUCAAGACGACAGCGAAGUGACUUCUGACUUAAAUCCCAAGGGACAAUGCAGCGAUGUACUACAAAGGCUUGGGCUUCCGUCUCUGCUUAGCAAAAAUCCUGGAAAAUUAAGCGACAAGCCAUCCUACAUGGCAAUGACAUCAGCUGCCGAAAGAAAGCGAAAGCUAUUAAGUCUUGCAGGUAAUAACGUUAAGGAUGAAAACACCAUAGUUCCCGUGGCAAAACGUGUAAAACAGGAUCUGCCUUUGGACUACAAGGCAUUGAGAGUGCGAAAAACAGCAGGAGCCUCCAAAACAAAUGGUGGAGCACAGAGACGUCUACCUAGGAGCAUUUCAGAAGGAAGCCUUGUUCAUGGAGCAAAGAAGAAACCCUUUUCGUUUUUGGGUCAGACGCAACCUUUUUUACAAAAUUCAAAGAAAAAAUAACAUUGUGACCGGGACUUUGCCGCUUAAUCCAGCCUAGAUGAAACCCACUUUUGCAGGGUGUUUUUUUUAGUACGUACAAGAAAAGAAGACCAAGAAAAUUUUGUUUUUUUGUCUUUUUAAAUAAUACAAAUCUUAGGAUAAUUGUCAUAGCUCCCUAUGUUGUGCAGAUUUUUGUGAUAGAAAAUAUUAUUUGGUGCUAAUUUUAUUCCCAUGACAGUGCUUAGUUAUUGCUCUGGAACUUAAACAUUGAUAUUUUA